AUGCGCAUCUUCGAGGGCAUCAAAGGGGUUUUUACGACCAUACUCAAAUGUAAGGAGCGUGGCAUUCCCAUGGCUGAAUGCCAUUUGACCGCUUUCAGCAAAGUCGAUAGCACUGAUGACGGCGAUUAUUCCAGCAGAAUAAGUGGAGUCGGUAACUUGAGACCUGAAGUCUACAUCGUUGAUUCCCUUCACAAGGAGUAUUCUCAACCACGAUCUAAAGCCUCAGAUGCCAUGCUGCAAUAUCGCACCGAUCAGCCGUACAUUCUGCGUCCGUACCCCUACCCCGUUGAGGAGUCUGCUUUGCAUUCCAACUCACGCUCGCAAAAACCUAACGGAUCUCCCUCUUCAUUGAGAAGGACCAUUGAACAACAAGGUGUUUACCGCCCCGUGUGGGCAGAUGUUAAUUCGCCUUCUGUAGAUGCGAUUUCUCAGUCAAGCCUUGCAGAGUCUAAUGAACUAUCUUUUCCGAAAGUGAUCCCCAUGUUUUCGGAAACUGAUCCGCAUCUCAGGGAGCCGAGAGUGAGAGGUGAUCCUACUGAGUCGCUCCACCAAAACGCUCAUGACGCUCCUCAUCGGGAACAUGAGCUGCAUUCCGGAAUCUAUGCUGGCUAUGAAGAUCAUGAGGAAGAUCAUGCUUUGAGUCAUACGGGUCCAGGACAUCAUGAAGAAUAG